AUGGAUAGAGAACAAGAUGAGUUGCAGUUCCUUGGUCUCUUUGGCAUCUACAAAGAAUCCUAUAAGAUUGUAUACAAAUGGAGAAAAAUCUUCAGCCAAAUCAGCUUGACCUUGAUCCUCCCUUUGAGCUUCAUCUUCCUGGCUCACAUAGAAGUCUCCGACAUCCUCUUCUUCAGGAUCAUCCACAACGAAAACGCCUUGGACGAAACGAGACCGGACACCGCUAGCUACAAGAAAAUAGAUGACGUCAUCACCAAAGAAUGGGUAACCUUCUGGCUCUUCAAGGCUGUUUACUUCACUUCCAUGCUCAUCUUCGGCCUCCUCUCCACCUCCGCCGUGGUAUACACCAUCGCAUGCGUAUACACCGCCAGGGAAAUCACCUUCCGAAAGAUCAUGAGCGUCGUCCCAAGGGUCUGGAAGCGCGUGAUGAUCACCUUCUUGUGCACCUUCCUGGCUUUCUUCCUCUACAACUUAGUGGCAAUAGUAGUCCUAAUUGUUUGGGCAGUUCUCUUCCACAGCACACGCGGAGACAGCCCCGCCUUAGUCAUAAUUGGUUUGUUUUUAUUGAUCUUGUACGCUGUUGGGUUCGUGUACAUGACCAUAAUCUGGCAACUGGCUAGCGUCGUCUCGGUGUUGGAAGAAACGAAAGGGAUCAAAGCCAUGAUCAAGAGCAAGAAGCUACUCAGAGGGAACAUGUGGGUGGCCUCAAUCAUCUUCUUGAUGAUCAAUGUUUCAGCCUUCGUUAUUCAGUAUUCAUUUCAAGUAUUGGUUGUACGUGGAUGGAUGUUAUUUGGGACGAUGGGCAGGAUAGGCUUCGGUGUUCUCUUAUUGUUGUUGCUGCUUAAGUUGAUUCUGUUUCUGCUGGUCAUCCAAACGGUGCUUUACUUCGUCUGCAAAUCUUACCACCAUGAAAACAUCGACAAGUCGGCCCUGUCGGAUCACCUCGAGGUUAUUUAUCUGGGAGACUAUGUUCCUCUGAAGUCUAAGGAUGUUCAGCUCGAGCAGGUUUAA